CCACAACUGUGUCCCUGGGCGGUGGCAACACACGUCUCCUAUAUCAGGCAACAAGUCACCGACCCUCGAAACCCUCCACAACACGUCCAUACGACAUCAAGAAGUCCUUCAAAUCCUUUCCGACAGUACCAAAUAUUUAUUCAACCGCCAAAAUGGACGAAGACCUUCUCGCACUCGUCGUGGUCAUGGGCGUCUUCGUGACUUUCCCGCUCGGCGUCGUCCUCUUCACUACGGGCUGCAUCGCAUACUCGCGCACCAAGAAGUGGGACAAGGAGCGCAACCUCAAGGCCGUCAACGCCGAGUCUUCCGAUCGGCUGAUCGAUGACGAAGACGACUUCCUCGACACCGACGAUGAGGAGGAAUACGCCACAAAGAAGGCUGAGGAGGAGAACGACAAGACCCUGACCUUCAAGCAGAAGUUCCGCAAGGAAUUCCGCGCUGUGUGGUCAGGCAAAGGCAGGGAGCAGAUCAUCAAGGAGAGGGAGCGUGAGGAGAGGAGGAAGCUGGCCAAGGCCGUCGCGAAGGAGCUCGAGAGGCGGGAGCGCAGGCGUGCAAGGAAGGCUGAGAGCCAGGCGGGCUUUGAGGCUGCGCCGCCGAGCUACAAGAACUAGAUGGUGUUGGUGUGAUAGAGUCAAGCUGCGAUACUGCUGUGACUGGCGCGAGUUGAAGUUUCCAUUGGCCUAAGAUUGAUAUACCCCCUACUAUUCUGCACCUUUACUAUUCGCAAAUCAAAAAUGCCACAUACCAGCACGUGCUUCACAAAACGCUCGUGGACGGCUCCUU